AUGCGGGUGCUACUGGAGAGCAGCUGGAUGAGGUUUGGACCAGCAGGCAGAGGGUCCUACGACUGGGUGACAGGAUCACCUUCGACACAGGACAAGCAGGGCUACAACUGGAAUGAGUUGGAGCUGGGAGAGGACAGGAAGUCGGAGCUGGUGGUCUACGUUGUCCUCCCGGUCGUCUCCGUCCUCCUGCUGGCUCUCCUGGUCGGUUUGAUCUACCGCCGGUGUUCCCGCAGCAAACUGAGCCUGGCCAGCAUCAUCGCUCUGGACCUCCAGGACGCAGAGAGCAGUGCCGAGUUCCUCUCCUCCCUCACCAGGAACGCAGAGCGCCACACCAGCACCAGCUCUGAUGGAUCGGACGGGGUCUUCGUCAUGGUCUACCUGCCCCCGCCCUACGAGGAAACGCUCACCAAGAUCACCCGGGCCGCCAGCCUCUCCAGCUCCAAAGACACGGAGUCGAUUAAGAUAGAAGAUCUGGAGGCCAAGCUGUGUCCGGAGCUCAAAUCCAGUGGCCGUUACGUGUGA